AUGGCGUCCCGCCGCGUCUCCCGCGCUCUCUUUGUGCCCUCUCCUCGCCCAGGCGCAGCGGCCGCUGGCCCCUCGGCCGCCGCAGCCGCCUCUGUGCCAGCGGCCCAUGCGUACUCACUGCGCACGCGCAGUGCUCCAUCCACAGCACCUCGCAGUGACGAGGACGAGCCGGAAGACAUCAAGCCCAAGGGCAAGGGCCGGCAGAAGGAUGGCGCCGACGAUGCAGCCUACUCCGACUCAGCCGUGAAGCGGGCUGCGCCCAGCGCCUCGCCGGCCAAGCGGCGCUCCAGUGCAUCCGCCUCGCCGAACAAGAAGAUCGCCGGCAUCAAGCGUGCAGCAGACUCGCCUGAGCCGCUCUCUCCGCGCAAGACGAAGCUGCCUCCCAAGCUCGAGCUCUCGCAGGAGGAGACCCUCCCGCCGCCGCCACACUGGGAGGAGACGCUGCGUGUCUUGAGCGCACAGCGCACACGCAUCGUCGCUCCAGUCGAUACGAUGGGCUGCGAAGAGAACGGGAGAGAGGAGAGAAGGGCGGACGCCGGCCGGGAGCGUGAAAGCGACGAGGAGGAGAAGAAGAGAGAGCGCCUGGCAGUGCUGAUCGGGCUGAUGCUGAGCUCCCAGACGAAGGAUCCAGUCACAGCUGCCGCGGUUCGCGCGCUGCAGACAGGGCUGCCGGGUGGCCUGCAUCUGGAUGCCCUGCUCACCGUCUCGCCGGAGUUGCUCAACGGGCUGAUCAGCAAGGUCGGCUUCCACAACCGCAAGACGCACUACAUCCGCUCCGUCGCUGCGCUGCUCGCGUCUGACUUCGGCGGCGACGUGCCGCGCACGCUGGCCGAUCUGUGCAGCCUGCCGGGCGUCGGGCCCAAGAUGGCCUUCCUCGCGCUGCAGGGUGCCUGGGGCGAGAACGUGGGCAUCGGCGUCGACACGCACGUCCAUCGCCUGACCAACAGGCUGGGCUGGGGCCCAACAAAGGAUGCAGAGGGAACGCGGCUGCGGCUGCAGUCCUUCCUGCCGAAGUCGCUGCAUCGCAGCAUCAACAAGACGCUGGUCGGCUUCGGGCAGAUCAUCUGCGUGCCCAUCGGGCCUCGCUGCGAUCUCUGCGACCUUGCACCCACAGGCCUGUGUCCCUCAGUCCGCACGCUCGACCCCAAGCGCGCAGCCGCGCGCGUCAAGGUCGAGCUCCUGCCGCUGGCCAAGGAGGAGGUGAAGCAAGAGGAGCAGCUUGAGGCGGAAGCAGAACAGCAGAUACGCGCCGGCGGCGUCAAGAAGGAGAAGCUCGCCUGGUGA